UCUUACCAGUUGUUGAUUAUUUUGCUUUUUUUUUUUGUGAUUGUUUUAUGGUUAUACAGGUUGAAGGAAAGACUGUUAAAGCCCAGAUCUGGGACACUGCAGGGCAAGAGCGGUACAGAGCUAUCACAAGCGCUUACUACAGAGGCGCGGUAGGUGCGCUUCUUGUCUAUGACAUUACCAAAAGACAAACCUUUGACAAUGUCUUAAGGUGGCUACGUGAACUAAGAGACCAUGCAGAUUCCAACAUAGUGAUCAUGAUGGCUGGGAACAAAGCUGAUCUAAACCACUUGAGAUCAGUUGCUGAGGAAGAUGGACAGACUCUAGCUGAGACAGAAGGUCUCUCUUUCUUGGAGACAUCUGCUCUUGAAGCCACCAAUGUUGAAAAAGCAUUUCAAACUGUGUUAGCAGAGAUUUACCACAUCAUCAGCAAAAAAGCUUUGGCUGCUCAAGAAGCAGCGGCUGCUAAUUCCGCGAUUCCGGGGCAAGGAACAACGAUUAACGUUGGUGACACAUCUGGAGCUGGCAAAAGAGGUUGCUGCUCUACUUAAUUGACAGUUUAAACUUUCAUUUUCUAUUGCUUAUUCUCUGUCUUUUUUCUCUUCAAGUUUUGGCUGAUGAAAUGUAAUAACGAUGCAAGACCAUGUAGAAUAUAUUUCUUCAUUUACUCGUCUUACCAUCUUCGAUGGGUUUGUGUUAAGUAAAAAAAGAAGAUAAAAGCUUGUUCUCUC